AUGGGCCCCACGCCCCAUGGCUCAAAAGUGUUACUCGGACCAUCUGAUCGAAGAUCUCCUCGAAUAUCGUCUGGGCAGAAUCGGUACCAAUACGUUACUGGCCACGCCACAGACUUUGGUAAGAAGGUCCUGAAGAUCCUUGAAGCUGGUCGCAAUGAGCGCCGUGACGAUGUGAAAGAGUCUUCGCAGCUGCAGAAGGACGAUGAAUCUGGCAUUGAGAGCGUCGUGAAGGAGCUAUCCGCAAGCCACAGUUGCUCUAAGGAGAAGGUGGAAAAGCGCGAGGAGAAGGAUGAGGAUAUGAUGAUGACCUCGCAAAUCCGUAGUCUGCUCCAGCAGUUCCACCUUGUGCUCACCGUUCAGGAUGCGCUGCUUCUAGCGCACGCACGAUACGCUCCUCCUGGUCGAUCACACGGUGAGUAA